AUGCAUGUAUCUCUGACUAUAUUUCAGGAGAGGUUUGCGUUAUCUGCUUUGUUGGAUCGAGCCACAUCUUAUGUAAAUCAACUGAAAGAAAAAAUUGAAGAACUGAAGAAAAGGAAGGAACAAGUACAACUCCAAGGUGAUGGAGAUGCCAUUGAAGACCAGAGACAGAGGGGUGGCUUGAUGUUACCAGUACUUUCUAUUAGAGAGGUGGGUUCAACUUUGGAGAUAAAUUUGAUAACUGGGAUGAACGUGAAUCAGAGCUGCAUGUUGAAUAAAAUUUUCAGACUUCUUCAGGAGGAAGGUGCUCAAGUUGUCAGUGCUAGCUACUCAACUGUGGGUUCAAGGACAUUCUAUUCUGUUUAUUCACAGGCUUUGUAUUCAAGAAUUGGCGUAGACACUUCCCGAAUAAUUGAAAAAUUGCAGACUUUGGUGAAUCCUGUUGCUCAGCAAUUACUUGGUUGAAUUGAAACUGAGAUGGGCAUGCGAAUGCAGUGCAUAUUUUCCUGUUUUUUGUGUGCGUUUAAUUUGGUGUUUUUCUACUGUAUUUUUUUUUAUCUAGGGUGAAUCCCACUUU